AUGAAACAAGACCUCCUCCUCUCCAUCCAGGAACAGUUGUCAACGCUUCUCAUGGAUCCUUCUCCCAUUGUUAAGAGAGCGGUGCUGCAUAAUAUCAAUGCACUUUGCAUCUUUCUUGGCAGUCAAAGAACGAACGAUGUCGUCUUGAGUCAUACGAUCACGUACUUGAACGACCGAGACUGGCACCUUCGUCACGCGUUUUUUGAGAGCAUUGUCGAUGUCGCGGCGUGUGCUGGAGGUCGGAGCCUAGAUGAAUAUAUUCUGCCGCUGAUGAUGUGGAAGAAAGUAGCACGGGUACUCGCCGCCCUCACUAGCCUCUGCGAGUUGGGUCUGUUUCAGAAGAUACGCAUUUGGGAGCUGAUGAGUACCGCUCUCCCGUUUUUCUACCAUUCCAAUGAUUGGAUACGGCAGGGUGCAGCCUCCUUAAUUGCGGCUGUAGUGAAAUGUCUACCUCAAAGUGACGUCUGGUGUAUCAUAUACCCUUCCUUGCGUCAUCUGUUGCGUUCGGAUGUGAAGGAGGUUGAAGAACAGAGUCUUUUGUCGGCAAUGAAUUGCCACGUCCCGUUUUUGAUGGGCGCUGUCCAAUGGGCAAUGAAAGCAGAGAAAACCUCCUUUUGGAGGGGACAUCGUAGACCAGCAUCCAAGGUGGAAUCCCCGAGGGAAAGCAUAGUUUCCAUGAGAAAGGGGGGAAACACGACUAUUGGACGCAACAAGUCAGAAGAGGACGAAGUGCAGUUGCUGAAACUGCAGAACCUUGGUAUGACAUCCGCUGAUGAAGCGAAGCUCACGGCGAUGCGGGAUUACAUCCUCAAGCUGGCUAAUAAUGCAUCAAGUUUUGCAUCCAGACCAAAAACAGAACCAGAAUUUGAAAGGAAUAUUUGUUCGAUGGGAGAUAUUGAACUACAGAAGUUAUCUGUUGUUCCUCAGACAGUCUUCCUCAAAUCAAAGCCCUCUAUGUCUGAUCUAAUACCCAGACCUUCUCGCUUGGCAUCCUAUUCACGCAGGCCAGGUGACCUCCCAGGACGCUUCAGUACACCACACAUGAGCAGGGCUUCCAGUGUCGACCGUGGAGCAACUAAUCCUGCACUGGAAGACCUAAAGCCGAGAUUAGCUGCUAUGAGCGGCUCUUCAUCGUCGCUCAACCUCACCGCUACUGCUCGGGAACGCCAGGCAGUGCAAUCCCCCUCUCUACCGCCUUCAAACCCGCAGCCAGCAACUCUUGCGCUUCGUGCUCAGCCUGCGGGACAUGAUCGCCCGAGCAGCCCGACAGAUUCGGUUGUGUCUAAUACUAAUUCAUCGACUAUCCGGACUGCGCAUCGGUUGCAUGUUGGAAGUACAGACGGACAGAAGGCUGCCCCUGCGAUGCGUGCAGAAGGUUCUCCUGAACAACCAGGAAGAUCAUCACCAAUUUCACUUGCUGGAAUUGCAAGAGGUGUGAUCCGACCCCGUAUAGCCUCCAUGUUGCCUAUCUCGACCUAUGAUGGGCCGGAGCCUGGAAUCAACAAUCGCGAGUUGCAGCAUGACUUCGGUCCAAAGAUGCAUGAAGGACCUAUUCGUCGACGCAAUACAGCCAGACAAAGCUUCAUUACGCGCAAUAGCAACAACCGGCGAACGGAAGCCACUCUCAUUGCUCACCUCCAAUCUCACACUGGCUGCGUCACCCGGGUUGGCUUAUGGGAUACAGCACGGCUGGAACGCAGUGUGACGAGUAAACCUUGCCAUACGUAUAGUCAGCAUCAUGCGCGUGUCAAGAGCGUAUGCAUACUGGAGGGCAUGCAUUGUUUUGCUAGUGCAGCGGAAGACGGAAGCUUGCAUGUCAUCAGGGUACACGUCAACCAAAGUGGGUCUUUGCCGAAGUAUGCAAAACUUCAGACCAUUCGAGAAUAUCGAGUGGACUCGCCUGGCGAAUAUAUUACAUGCAUGAUUCACUACAAUUCAGAUGUCGCCUCGAAUCUUGUCUUUGCGACAACACACUCUGUCAUCACCAUCCUGGACUUGCGAACCAUGCGAGUCUUACAACAUAUGCAAAAUCCACGUCAUUUUGGACCCAUAACUUGUAUGUGUCUAGACCGCAAACGCAUGUGGAUUCUCGUGGGCACUUCUAUGGGUGUGCUCUCACUCUGGGACCGACAUUUUGGCCUACUUAUGAAGAGCUGGCAAGUUGGCAAAAGUUCUUCAGGAAAAUUUGCAAGAGUAAACCAAUGUAUCAUCCAUCCAACCAAAGGGAAAGGGACUUGGGUAACGGUUGCCAUCGAAGAGCUGGAAGGGUGGUUUAGACUGUGGGAUUUCAGCAAACUUGAGCGUACAUAUGUGGUGGCUGGCCCAGAGUCAGAACAUGACAGGCCAUCGUACAGCACUGUGCAAGCCACAGAUGGUUCUCCAUACGUCAGUAACGUUGAGACAUGGGCACAUUCGUCCAGCUCAGCUAGUCAGAGCAAUCGACCUCCGCAAAGGAUGUCGAUGAUUACCCACAACCAACAGAACCUUCUCAGGUCACAUUAGGAUAUCGUGACUUGUCUGGCUUGCAUCGAUUCCCCAUUCCGAGGAGGCAUUGUGAGUGCCGACAGAGCCGCAGGGGUGAUCAAAGUAUGGAGGGUCGGAAGCACCGACUCGUAGUGACCUGCGUAUUUACUUUGAGUAUUAUAUCUUGUUUACUUGCUUCCGUACACUUUGCCAUGCUAUCGAUUAGAUUCUACU